AUGAAAAGUUACGUGCACUGGAGACACCAUGGGGAACAAUCACAAAAGAGAGAUAACAAUAAAGCAAUUUACAGUAAAGAUGAAAACAAAGUCCAUGAUAAGGAUGAUGGGAUUCGUUCUAUGUUAGAAGAGGUUGCUGAAGGAUCGUUUGCCAAUUAUUCGGAGGAGACUGGUAAUAACGUGUGUAGCAAUAUGAGUGAGAAAGAAGCUACAACGUUUGACAAAUUGUUGAAAGAAGUUGAACGUGAAUUGUACCCGGGAUGUAAGAAAUUUUUGAAGCUUUCAUUUCUUGUGAAGUUUCUACACUUGCAAGUAUACAUUCAAUGGAGUAAUAAAUUAUUUGAUAUGUUGCUGGAGUUGUUAAAAGAGGCAUUGCCUACUGACAAGACACUUUCUAAGUCAUAUUAUGAUGCUAAAAACAUGCUGCAGGUUGAUACGUCGAGUCAACUAAAUAGAAAUGAUGUUGAGUCGACUAUCAUAGAUGCAAAUGUAAUUGAAUUGGAGGCUCAAACAGAAUAUGAAGUUGAAGAUUAUUAUAAUGGAGAAGAUUCUGACCAAGAGGAUAAAACUAUGGUUGAGUACAUCAGUGACAAUGAGGAGAAUAAAGGUAUUAAGAAAUCUGAUACUCGGUUAGCUGCACUAAGUCAAUGGGAUCUAGUUUUUGAUAAGCAGAUAAUGCAGGAGGAGCAACCUCUUCAGGCUAUUGAGAUUCCCAUUCUUCACCCUAAAAAAUAUAUCAAACUUGGAAUUAAUCCCCCUAAGGGUGUUCUCUGCUAUGGUCCUCCUGGUACUGGGAAAACAUUGCUUGCCCGAGCAGUUGCAAAUCGUACAGACGGACCUUCAUUUGCGUUCUUGAUGACACGCUCCAAGAGCGCCUGCAUUGUGUUUUCCGAUGAACUAGAUGCAAUGGAGAUGUAUGAUUUGAUGAUGGAGUCGGGGGAGACAAUAAAGUUCAAUAGAUCAUGCUUGAAAUUGUGA